CCUUUGUUUUGUGUUCAGUGUCCAACCACCUCAACAUAGAGACGAGACACCUCACUCGACAACGCGCGCGCCACUUGUUUUUCGCUCCGUCCCAUAAUCCAAACCACCCUCUGAUUCCCGAACCCAAUGACUUCUCCGCUGGUGGCGGAGGGCGCCGCCAUGACGGCGUUCCGGUCGGUGAUGCUCCGGGUGCAUCAGGCGGCGGAGAGAUCCGGGUCCAAACCCGAGCGGGUCCGGGUCGUGGCGGUUUCCAAGACGAAACCCGUCACUCUGAUUCAACAACUCUACGACGCCGGCCACCGAUACUUCGGCGAAAACUACGUCCAAGAAAUCAUCGAAAAAGCUCCUCAGCUUCCUCAAGACGUUGAGUGGCAUUUCAUUGGGCAUUUGCAAAGCAACAAAGUCAAAACACUUUUGGGUGGAGUUCCAAAUCUGGCCAUGGUCCAGAGUGUGGACAAUCAGAAGGUAGCAAAUCAUCUUGACCGUAUGGUAUCAACCCUUGGAAGAAAUCCUCUGAAGGUUUUGGUGCAAGUAAAUACGAGUGGAGAAGAAUCCAAAUCUGGUAUUGAUCCUUCCAACUGUGUUGAGCUUGCAAAACAUGUGAAAUUGAGCUGCCCAAACCUAGUGUACUCUGGCUUAAUGACAAUAGGAAUGCCAGACUAUACCUCAACUCCACAGAACUUUCAGACCCUAUCAAAUUGCAGAACUGAAGUAUGCAAGGCACUUGAAAUGCCCGAGGAGGAAUGUGAACUGUCAAUGGGCAUGUCUGGCGAUUUUGAGUUAGCGCUCAUCAGGGAAUGAAUUGACAAUUACCAUAGGAAUGAGGUUCUUUGAUACUUGAUGUGAUGCUGAUAGUGUAUGGUAUGAAGAAUGCUAACAAACAACAACACACUUACAUAUUCUUUAUUAUUGAAUCGAAUUCAGCUAUGUCUCACUAAGUAAUAAAUGAAAAUCAUUAAAUUAUAUAGGGUGUAAGAGUAAGACCCACAUCAUUUAGUGAACCUCACAUGAAUGUCACCCAACAAUAGAGUACUAUUAGAUAGCGUGUUGUUAGCAUUUUUCAUGGUUUGUAGAUAUUGUUAUGAUGACACUGGCACAUUUCUUUUAAUUAGUAUUGGUUGUGAAGC